AUGGGAGCAUCUACUCCGUUGAGGGUGAGGAUAAAAGAAGAAGAACAAACUCUGGCCUCCAACAAGAAGGUCUCCAAAGAGCAAGCCAAGCUGCUCUCCGAGUGCUUCAACAAUGUGCGCUGGACUUGGAACUACACUGUCAAGGAUGUGAAUGCCCUUGACAAUGGUCGAAAGAUCCCCCAGGCCAUCCUCCAACUCGUCCGUCAGGCACAGGAGUCACAGAACAAGUUGGCUAAGGAGGCCAUGGUGCUGAUCAAAGGUUGGACAGAAGAUGGCCAUCAAGACCGGUUCAUGAAGCUGAAGCGUGGACAUGCAACCUGCACACAAAACCUCGCAAAGUUGGGUCACAUGGUUGAGUUCAAAGAGUUGCCGGAUGAGCUAGAGCCUACGAAGGCAAACUUGGACAAGUUGAUGCAGGAGAUGGCAAUCCACACCCGAGACUACAAUGAGUUGAUCGAAACGACUCGUGGCAUCUUAGCUCAAAAGAUUGCAGCAGCAGCCUAUGAGGACGCUGUUAACUUCAAAGCUGAACAAACCAGCUUGGAAUUGUUGCAAAAUGUGUCUACGAUUGGAUCGUCGGGUUUCUACGCAAACAAGUGCUAUAUGGACUUUUUGGAGGUGAUCCCAUACAAGAUCAACAUCCCUUCAGUCAUGACCUGCCGACUGCCCUUCAAAUCGUACGCCAAACACAGUUUUCAAGGCAAACGAGCCUUGAGCUACCUUGCCGGAGGUUUCCGUGCAGUGCUUUGGUCAGUGCUGGGCGAUCUCGAUUACCUUUGUAAGAUCAUGCGCCUACCCCGAAGUACUCUCGAAAAAGGGCCUUGCCCCCUUUGCAAAUGCACUGGCAAAGGGCUAACAACAUGGCUGGACUUUCGGGACACAGCACCUUGGCGAGGGUUGCAGUGGGAUGCCUGUGACUGGCAUGCUUGGGAGGAUCGGAGUGCUUGUCCUCUCUUCCGGCUUCUCCCACGCUUCAGCCCGUGGGCAAUCGCAUUGGAUUGGAUGCAUUGCAAGUACCUGGGCCAUGAUGUGCUAGUGUACGGCAGCGUCCUUUCAUUGCUCACCCGGUAUGUAUGUACUCUUGGGGUCACCAGAGAACAACAUCAAGCAGAUUUGGCGCGACGUUUGCUCUUUUUACAAAAAAACAAGACGCCGUGCCAGUUUCGAUAUUUGAACAGGUGUUCGAUGUUCGAGCGAAAAUCUGGCUAUCCGAAGUUGCGCGGCAAGGAGGACGCUAAGAAGUUUCAGCACUUGUGUGCUGCCAGCCUCCUGCUUCUCUCGGACAUUGCUGAGCAUUUCAUCACAGACCAGCUCUUCGGAAUUACCCAGAAAGCUCAUUUCACCCAGCACAUCUCUUUGUUGGCCAAGUUCCUAUCACCACGUUUGACGUGGUGUUUCGAAGGAGAAGACGUGCAAAGAAAGAUAUCGACUCUGGCCAAAACUUGCGUCGGUGGCGAAAGGCCAGGCCAAACUAUCGGGAAAAUGAUGUCCCGUUACCGGCUAGGUCUGCGCCUGCAGUUUGAAAAGCAUGGUUGA